AUGCCAGGUUAUGAAGUGCAGUUUGCUGAUCCAUUGGACAAGUCGUUCGAAUGUCCAAUAUGUUGGAAUGCAUUGCGCAGUCCAGUUCAAGUGACACCUUGCGGUCAUCGGGUUUGUCAAUCAUGCCUCGAGCCCAUCAUGAGGUGAGCGUUUUGUCCCUUUUAUGCUGUGAAAAUAGACAAUGACCCCAUUCAUAUAUCUGUGACAACGCAUCAUCCGUCUGAAACGUCAUUCUCCUUAGCGUAAACCCAAGAAAAAAAUUCUAUCAGUCCUAAAGUCUUUUCAAAUGACGUCAUUUUUACUUCACUGGUAAAGCUAAUUUGAGGCGGGCAAGCCCUGCAUGGUAUACUUGACUUUUCAUGUACAUGCAUUCCAUAAACUGGGAUAUUUUAAAAUUUUUAUCCCUCCAGACACAGCUAAAAUAUCACUGAAGGAACUACAGCACCCUUACCCUAAUCAAAUACUUUUUGUGGCAAUUUGAGCCGCUAUAUCAAUGACUUUGUUUGACGUUUUGUAUAGGAACAGAAAUCCAAAAUGUCCACUGGAUAACCUUCCUUUGAACGGAGAAAAGGUAUUUAUUCACAAGAUACACGAAUUAAUUAAACUUCCAUCUAAGUGAACGUUUGCCAUUACAGAAAAGACCAUGAAAAACACUGACUCAUAUUUAAGUAAUAAAAUAUUACUCAAUUUGCAGGUGUUCCCAGAUAAUGGAUGUCUUCGACAAAUCUUAUCUUUAAAGAUAUUGUGUAAACGCAACAGUAAGGGUUGCGAGUGGACUGGUCCUUUGUGUGAGGCUGAAGUACGAAUUUUUUACUUGCCUUUAAGUAUAACUUUAAGUAUACAUUUACUUGCCUUUAAGUAUAUAAACUUUAAGUAUACAUAAAGAGAAUAGGCUAGCACUCGUUUUCGUGUUACCGUUUACAAAAAGCUGUUGAAAACAUAAUUCGAUGUAGCGUGAAUGCUUCUUAGACUUCUUACGCCUGUAUUCUAAUAGCCUGCGGCGUAGACGCAAUUUCAAAGUAUUCUAAAAGCUCACUCACACUCAAUGAGUGGAGGUUCAAUCUGAGCUUCUCUUGAGUGUCAAUGACUCAAUGAUGUUUUUGAAUAGCUGGAUGGAGAGUAGUCACAUAGUAAGAUACUAACCCUCCAGCUAUUCAAGAACUGCAAUGACACUCGAGAGAAGCUUAGAUUGAACUUCCACUCAUUGAGUGUGAGUGAGCUUUUAGAAUACGGGCGUAUGCUUUUCUCAGGGCUAUCUGAACUAAUAGCGCCCUAUUUCCGUCUUUCUGCUCUACAAAUCGUUGUUUAGUUGUUAGCUACUACUCAAACAUGUGAAUUUUAAAUUUCUGUUUGUGCAUCACAGCCAUCACUUAUUUUAGUUUUCUCUAUUUUCUGUCGUAUCAUGUACAAUCAUGUACAUAAAUAAGUGAAAAUAUCUUCCACUUUUAUCUAGGACCACGAGAACGAGUGCGGUUACGUCGAUAUCGAAUGUCCAAAUAGUUGUGGCGAGAUGAUUAAGAAGCGAGAUAUAGAAAGCCAUGAUAACGAAUGUCUUCUUCGCGAAGAAGCAUGUGAAUAUUGUAACGCUGGAGUGACUGCAUCACAACAGAAUGUAAGUUGACAUAAUAAGGCUCAAUGCAGAACAGGGAACAUUUGUCAUUGCAGUCUGGCUGUUGCAGACACAUUGUUUCCAGAAAACAUUGUUUCCAGAAAACAUUGUUUCCUAGGUACGUUUCCCUAAGGUGAGCAAGACAGGAACCGUUGUUUUCUAGGGUGGGCAAACCAGGAAACAUUGUUUCCUGGCCAUGUUUCCCAAAGUUGGCAAACAAAGAAACAUUGUUUUUUAGUCAUAUUUCUGGAAGGCAGUCAAACCAGGAAACAUUAAUAAUUGUUUCUUAGCUAUCCUGAAGGUAGUUAAACCAGGCAACAUUGUUUCCUAGCCAUGUUUCCCAAUGGUGGGCAAUUACCAGGACACAUUGAUUCCCCAGAUCAAUAUUUUCGGAUGUUUCCGCAACGUUUCCGGUUUAUAAUUGUCCAGGCCUGCAUGGUUCACGAUUAAGCAGUGAUGAUCUACUUUUUCGCUUUUCCCCUAGUUGCAUUUGGAAACUUGUCCAAAGUUACCCGUGGAUUGUCCCUGGGAUUGCGGAGCUCGUAACAUGACCAGAGACAUGGUGAGCAAAAUAUGAUUCUAUCAUAGACUACAUCUUCUAUUUAACUUUAUCGUUCUUUUACUAAUAUUUUUCGUGUCUUUUAAAGAGUAGAUUUAUUACCGAAUUGAUAUACGACCAUACGAGAAAGGGGAGACAAACAGACGACUUUUAACAAGACAAGGACAUUGAAACUGAAUAUUUUGUAACGUAUACGAACAAUAUUUAGGAAAAUGUUGACAUUUUAAACUUGAGAUUUGAGAUGCCGAUCCGCGCAUGUGAAAAUCAACCCAUCCUUUGAAACAGAUAUACUGGCCAAUUCCUUAUAUGGAGAGUAAAACUGACGUUGUGGUUGAUAAAGUUUUUGGCUACCGGAGAUAGUUCGUCUGCACGCAUUAUGCGUCUAGCUUGUGCCCAUCUUUAUACUGAAGACGCAUUACUGAACUGAAUGCGUCUCUAGUAUAAAGACAGCCAAUCUCUCCGAUGUAGUUCCUCCUUGGUGCAUAAUUACAAACAAAUGGUUGGGGGAGAAUAUUCUUUCUAUUUUUCGGGGGUGUGGGGUGUGGAAGGAUUUUACCUGAAAUUUGAACAAUGUUAAAAAUUUACCUGACUUACAUUAAUUAUAAUCGAGAAUUAUUUUUUCCAUUGAUUUCCACUGUUAUACUAAGUUUCCGAAGAAGAGGGGGUCUGGGGAUCCCCCCCAGGAUUUUUUACAUUGUUGAAGCUCCAGGACUGCAUUUCUGUCGUUUUCUAAAUUCUAAAGCAAAUUGGAUCUAAAUUGACUGUAUUUUACAAAAAUGAUUAUCAUUACGCAAAUUUUACCUGAAAAUCUCAAAAUUUUAAUCAGUUUAAUUUUACCUGAUUUUUCCCCGAGUUUCACAGUUAAUUGAGGGUGGUUUGCACCCCCACACCCCCGGUCGCUACGUCCCUGCUUGCAUUCUGUAGUUUUUCAUAAGUCGGUUUUCCAUUAUGCAUGCAGGAUCAACUGUAAGUGGUAUACAUGAUGACACAUCACACCUGGUGUUUUUACAUAAAAGUUUUUAUGCAAGUUAAGAUCAUAAUAUACUAUUAAAUGCUAAUAAUGCUAAUAUUUAUUUAUUGAAUUAUUGUAUAUUUGUAGCUUGUUGUUCACAAACUACACGAAUGCUCAGUGAGUGUAUUGGAAUGUAAAUAUUCUGAUGCUGGAUGCAAAUUUACGGUAGGGAUAUAACGAAGAAAUUAAUAUAUUUAUAAUUUAUUAGUGGAGAGUCAUAAUCCUUUUCAGAACUGAGACGCACAGAUUACGGCAUUAGGAAUUCACGCAAAUUUUUCAGCCAAUCAUAUAUAGCUCUAUCACAAACCAAUGACGUGCGUUAUAGAUGACGUCAAAGGACACGUAAAUCUCUUCCCUACGCGGUCAACUUGAGAGGUGAAAGUUCUAUCCCAAUUCUAUUCCAAAAGAUAAAUCCCAUGCACAUUUUUCUCACUCUGAUAACUGCAGGUUGACCAGUGAAACCUGCCUAUAACUGCGCUCCAUUACACCACAUGUGUAAUAUUACUCAACAUAGUAAAUAGGUAAUCAGGAUUUAUUCUUUUAGGCAAAACGAGACGAAAUGGAGAAACAUUUAGAAACAGACACGAAAGAACACUUGGCCUUAGUCCACGAAAAACUACUUCGUCAGCAAAAAUGUCUUGAAGCCCAAAACGAAAGCAUUCAACUCCAAAAAGAACAUAUAAAGCUCCAACGAGACGCUCUAAGCACCUAUAAGAAAGACCUUGUAGAACUCCGAAGCAAGUUUGCCGAUGGGGAACUUAUUUGGAAGAUUUCUCAAUUCAAUCAGAAAAUGAAAGAUGCCAAAACGCAACGUUCGCCAGAGCUGUUGGUCAGUGAACCGUUUUACACGCAUAAGAAUGGAUACAAGAUGUGCGCUGGAUUGUGGGUAAAUGGUUUUGGUAGCGGAAAGGGGAAAUAUAUCUCAGUAGGAUUGCAGGUAAAAUAUGAAAUUGCGUACGAUAUUUUUAUGAUUGUAUUUGAACGACUUAGUGCUCAAAAAGUUGAAAGAUGCCAAGAUGUUGAUGGCACAGUUAGUUCACGUGCUUUUCACGUGUGUGACGGAUGCGUAAAGAGUGGGUUUCUUGCGUUAUACGCUGGUUUCCUCCUUCAUGAAGUAACAAAGGACCAAGCGAUGACUCAUUCUGAAACUCUGGGAAGAACAGUUUAGAACUGAUAAUAGAGGCAGGACUAUCUACACUGGACCUCUAGGGAGAAUAGUUUAGAACUGAUAGGGCUAUCCAGUAUACAAACAAAGUUAGUAUAGUUUAGGUUUUCUCCUGUAGUAACAUUUGAGAAUUUAUAGAGCUAUACAGUAUAAAUACAGUUAGUUUAGUUUAGUUUAGUUUAGAUUCUCCUGGACUUCCAGGAAGAACAGUUUAGAACAGUUUAGAGUUUAGCUAUCCAGUAUUAAUAAAGUUAGUUCAGCAUAACUGUAGAAGGCUAAAAGCGUAGAACCAUGGUCAUCUAACCAAAUCAGAACACUAAACUGAAUAAGCUCUUUCUAUUUUCUCCAGGUUAUUGUGGGCGAAUACGAUGACAUCUUAUCCUGGCCUGUCAACCCAACAUUCACUUUCACCUUGCUCGACCAACGGGGGAACACGAAGGAACGGCGACACAUUACGGCAAGUUUUGAUCCUCACUGGAUUGCCAGACCAACACCCGAAAGGCAGCUUGGGAAAGGCGCGCGAAAAUUUGUUCUUCAAAGUGUUGCAUGUGGUGACACGUAUUGUAAGAAUGACGCAAUAUUUAUACGAUUUGUCGUCAAUGUCGCUCACAGAGGGCGAGAUUUUGUCGACGCGUAA